AUGCUUCCGGAGCAGCAAAGAGGGGCUGAAAAGGCCCCUAAGGAAGGCGAAUGGAAAACGGUCAGAAAUAAACGCCACAAGGUCGGUGAAUGGAGUCUCUUUGUGGGAAACCUGGGAUUCGACAUAACUGAAGAUGACUUGCGAAAGAGGUUUGGCCAGUUUGGGGAUCUAUCCGAUGUCUACAUUCCAAAUGCAACACAGUUUGGAAGGAAUCGAGGAUAUGCAUUAGUGCGAUUUCAACGAAAAGGGGAAGCCCUAAUAGUGAAAGAAUGCUCAAUGACUGAUUCUUGGGCAGACGAAGAAUGUAUGUCAACGAUGCUGUCCAAAGGACAACCCCCAACCCCACCCCCAAGCAAAGACCGGAACCCAGAUCUGCAUCUAACAAUCAAAAAGAAAGGCGGGAACCAAAUUCCUCCCGAGGAAGGGGAGCAAUCUCAGCAACAAGGGAACCCUCAACCUGUUCGUCAAAAUGCCAACCUGAGUUAUUCGAACAUUGAAGAACUUCAGAUUGCUGGGACCAACUCUAAUCUGGAUACUCGAACUACAGCUGCCGAUGCCUUCUCUCCCCUGCUCAACUACCAAACUCUUGAUUUACUGCCUCCAACAGUGAAUACUUUAUCAGUCGUGCAGCUUAAGACCAAUGACCCAGCCACAUCAGCGGUCCCUCAAAUUAGCAACUCACCUAUAAGUAGUGAACUCAUGUUAACUAAUACUAACAUGCAGAUCCUAGCCCAAUUCAUAAACCAGGUGACCCAACACUACCCUUCCACUCCAGCCCCAUGGAUCCAGCCUCAACCGGACAUUCUAGAGGUGUGA